CUCACCUACGAGGUGGUGCUGGGCGAGUACGACAUGGGUGCCAGGGAGGGCCCCGAGCAGCGCAUCCCCGUCGCCCCCGCCGACAUCUUCGUCCACCCCAAAUGGCGAAGCUCCUGUGUGGCCUGCGGCAAUGACAUCGCCCUGCUGAAGCUGCAGCGCCCGGCGGUGCUCAACACCCAGGUGCAGGUGGGGGGCGACUCGGGGGGCCCCCUGAACUGCCAGGCGGCCGACGGGCACUGGGAGGUGCACGGCAUCGCCAGCUUCGUCUCGGGGCUGGGCUGCAACGGGCCCAAGAAGCCGACGGUCUUCACCCGCGUCUCCGCCUUCGAGGACUGGAUCGCCGAGAUCAUGAGCCAGAACUGA